CAGAGAGGCCGAAAAACGGGAGAGCUCAUAUGACUUGGUGGAAUUGGGAUACAUUAAUAAUCAAGAUAUAGGUGAGCCCUGAAAUGGAGAGGACAAAGGGAAGAGGAAGAAAAUAAUUGUGUUGUUAUUUUUUAUUUUUCAUUUUUUUUCUUUUUGUCUCUGCAUCCUCAUCUUCAGCAGAGAGCCUCAUCUUUAGAUCACAGCAGAACCGCGACAGGAAAAAGAAGAGAAAUAACAGGAGCAAAGGGAAUAUUCACUCUCUGUUACGUCUUCCGAGGUGUGUGUGUGAGGGCGUGUGUGUGUGUGGUUAUGGAUGUGUGUGUUUGAAGGUAGCCUGGAUUGCUUGUUUCCAGGCCAUGCUAUAGAGAAAUAUCCUCAACUUCUCUGCUACUCCUUUUUCUGUUUAUUUUUUUUUUAAUGGCGUACCAGUGCGGUGCGGUACCAUCCCUAUCCUGUAUCUCUCUCUCCAUUUCUGUAUGCCAGUGCGGCACGGAUGUAGGGAUGCUGUAAUGUCUGAUUGAGCUGAGCGCGGUCGCUGCUGCUGCCGCCUCUGUGUGGGCCUCUGGGACUACUGGAAAAGCCUAGGCCUUGCUUGUCUGGAGCAGCCCACCGUACGGCGGAGGUGACGGGCUGCCGAGCUCCCUGGCAGCGAGGCUGCGUGGAGCAGGAAGGUGGAGGAGAACGAGGAUGAGAAGCACUCUGAGCCUGCAUGCCCAUGGGAAGUAGCAUGCCCAACAGUUGCAUUCGUCACGCCAGACCCAACGCUGAGGCUUAGAUUGCUUCUCCAUCGCAAGGUGAUGCUCUUUGGACCGAGUCAUGCUCUUUUUGAGGUCAGCAGCUUGUAUUUCUCCCCCUAAACUAACAGGAAAAGAAAGUCAGGGCCUUGCACCUCCAUGCUACCACCUCUAAACAAGGCCUCCUCCCUCCCUGCUCUUUCUGUGUAAACCAGGCCCUGUUUUUUUUUUCUUUCUUGACGUUCUGAGGAUUUGCCUAAACCUGUUUCAUGCAUGUCCACUGGAGGCAGGUUUGACUUUGAUGACGGGGGGUCGUACUGCGGGGGGUGGGAGCAGGGCAAGGCCCAUGGCCGAGGGGUCUGCACAGGGCCCCAGGGCCAGGGCGAGUACGCGGGAGCCUGGAGCCAUGGCUUUGAGGUCCUGGGUGUCUACACCUGGCCCAGUGGGAAUAGCUACCAGGGCACCUGGGCACAAGGCAAGCGGCACGGCGUGGGAGUGGAGAGCAAGGGCCGCUGGGAGUACAGAGGCGAGUGGACGCAGGGAUUCAAAGGCCGCUAUGGGCAGCUGGAGAGCACGGCCAGCGGCGCUCGGUAUGAGGGAACGUGGAGCAACGGUCUCCAGGAUGGAUACGGCACUGAGACCUACUCUGAUGGAGGAACCUACCAAGGCCAGUGGCUGGGUGGGAUGCGUCAUGGCUACGGCGUGCGGCAGAGUGUGCCGUACGGCAUGGCGGCUGUCAUUCUCUUCCCCCUGCGCACAUCCAUAAACUCCCUCCGCUCAGAGCACAGCCACGGCCCUCCCGCGGUGCUGGAGGAUGGGACAACCACCACGCCCACAGACGGGAUGGUGGCUGGGCUGGCAGGGAGCCCAGUGGGCCGAGGCGGGUUUGCUCUCACAGCUCCAAGCGAGGCCGACCGCCAGAGGAAGAGAAAGGGCCGCUUCCGCCAGUCCAUCCUGAGCGGCCUGAAGCUGCGGCGCUCAGAGUCCAAAAGCUCCCUAGCCAGUCAGCUCAGCAAGCAGAGCUCCUUCUGCAGUGAGGCUGGCAUGAGCACCGUCAGCUCUGCAGCAUCUGACAUACACUCUAAUGCGAGUGAGAGUGAGCAGGGUGCCCCGGUAGAUGCCACCGUCACUGAAACCUAUGCCGGCGAGUGGCGGAGUGACCAGCGGGCUGGCUGGGGUGUAAGUCGGCGCUCGGAUGGCCUGCAUUAUGAGGGUGAAUGGGCCGGGAACAAGAGGCACGGGUAUGGAUGCACAACCUUCCCUGAUGGGACUAAGGAGGAGGGCAAGUACAAGCAAAACGUGCUAGUGAGCGGCAAACGCAAGAACCUGAUCCCACUGCGGGCCAGUAAAAUCAGAGAGAAGGUGGACCGAGCUGUGGAGGCUGCAGAGAAGGCUGCAGACAUUGCCAAGCAGAAAGCCGAGAUUGCCAUGUCAAGGAUGAGUCAUGCCCGAGGAAAAGCGGAGGCAGCUGAAGGAGUAGCGCAGAAGGCCAUGGAGGAGUGUCGACUGGCCCGGAUUGCGGCCAAAGAGCUCUCUCCCUCCUUUCACAUCUAUGGGAAUGGGCUCGAAUGUCAGAGGCCCAAGCACCAGGACGCCAAGGACAAAGACCAUGAGGUCAUCUCCACGGGAACAGACAGUCCAGAGCUGUGCACUCCGGACACCACACCGCCUGUAAUAACACCUGAUCUCAGCCCUGUGCUGAGCGUACCCUCCUCGCCCCCCCGCAGCCCACCCAAGCACACCCAUCGUCCCAGAAAUGCUUGCUUCAUGCGCCAGAGUGCUGUGGAUGACCAGGGUGUGGCUGAGAUCCAGGUGCUGGUUGAGGGGCGGGGAAUGGAUCUGCCAAGGGGUGGAGCUAACACUUGGACAGAUGAUAUGUAUCCAGACCGAGGAGGCAGCAGCCGCUCCACUACACCUUCUCUCCUGGAGGAGCAAGAGGGCCAAAUUAAUGGCCAUGAGCAAGCCCCUUUGCCCAAUCACAAACCACGGGAGAAAUUGUUGUCUAAUCACAAGUCCCGGGAGCACUCUUCUUCCUACAGAGCCUGGGAGCACUCCUUGUCUAACCAAAAGUCCUCCAAGCAUGCCUCUUCCAAUCACAAGUCAAGGGAGUACUCCUCCUCCAAUCACAAAACAUGGGAUCAUUCUUCCACCAACCACAAGGCCUGCGAGCAUGCCUCUUCCAAUUACAAGCCGCAGGUGCACAUUUUAUCCAAUCACAAGGCCUUGGAGCAUAACAUGUCCAAUCACAAGACUUCUGAGCAUGCUUCUUCCAAUCACAAGUCCCAAGAUUAUAUCUCCUCUAAUCACAAUGCAAAGGACCACGUCUCUUCUAGCUACAGCCCUCGAGAGCAUGUCUACUCCAAUCACCAUCCAAAGCAGCACAUCUCCUCCAACCACAAGCUUAGCGAGCAUGCUUUGGUUGACCAAAGGCUUGACGGCCUCACCGGGGGCUGGACUGCUGAAAGCACCCUUAGGUGGAGCCCUGCCCACUCACGCCUCACAGAACAGGAUGAGGAGAGGAUGAGUGACUAUACAGUUGAUAUGAGGCUUCAGUGCCCGGACUCGCAAACGUCCAGGGGGCUAGGCCAGGAGUCCCCAGGCCCCAAAAGCAACAGGCUGCGGUCCCGAGGCCUACGGCCAGUAAGGGAGGGAUCGAUGGACUCUGUGCAGAUGCUGGACAACCUGAAUGUGGGGGCAGAGCUGGAGGAAUGGCCGCUGCACAGGGACCUCACCCUCUCGCCACCCCUUAAGUCUCAGCCCAUCACACUGGAGCAGGAAGGAGAGCAUCUCACCCUCAAAUCAAACUCAGGCUCCAGCUCUAUUCUGGUGGUUAUGGUCAUUUUACUCAAUAUUGGAGUAGCCAUUCUUUUCAUUCACUUCUUUAUUUAAGCUUAUACAGGUAUGAUCUACUAAGACUUAUUGAUACCUACCAUAUAUUAUAUUAUUACCUACUGAGAUGGACAUUCUGCCUAUUCGACUGGAGCCCACAGCCCAAGUGACGGACACAGCAAAGCCUUUCUAUUGUUGCUACUGAUCUUUUCACCUUUGUUGAAGCCCUUUUAGUUUCUAUGACAACACUAUUCCUUUUGAAAUGCAUAUUUUGAGCUUGCAACCAUAGUAAAAGGUAUUUGAUAAGUGUCAUAAAGAAAGCAAAGAGUGCAGCUUUAAAAUAGUGUGGUAUAGUAGGAUACAUGUGCAUGGGUGUUCAUCGCCUACUGUUAAUUGGACUGGAGAUGGCACAGGCAGUUCUGCCCAUUUUUCCACUCUAGACAAGAACACAGCAACCCCUUUGUUCCCACUUACCAUGGCCACCAUUGGACAUGCUAGCCAAGAGCAUGGCGAACUCACUCCAUCCUAAACCCAACAGACAAUACCCCCUUUUGCCUUUUACCCCUUUUCCCUUUUGCCCUGUCCACCACUCUCAAUCCCUAUUAGCACUAUGCGCUACAGAACUAUGCUGCAACAGUAGAUCCAUUUUUAAAGGGCUCCGUCAUUAUUCUUUUCUUUUUCACCAUGAAAUACACAAACACACACAACCAUUGCAUGAGGCUGUGUAGAGUUUAAAAAGUGCAUUUUCUAUCCCUUUAACAUCACUGUUCUGUCUUCAUUUGUACACACUCCAUCCAGAUGACCACUUCUGCUCACUGCACCUGUUGGCAGAGAUUUGGGAUCAGUGCCAUUUCACAUCCAAUCAAAUCAUAAAAUCUGACAAUAUCAGAUUCACGUGAUUCAUGAAUUGAAAAUCAGCCACAACACACUUCAACGGCUCAGAUCCAUGAAUCUAAUCUGGAGUAAUUUCCUGAAUUUAUUGUAAAUGAAGUGGGAUUUAUGUCAACCCGACCACUUACACAUCAGCACACAUCCAAUCUCAAUGCCACCUCGCACGCACACAGAUGCACACAUAAUACACACAUAAUAUACAUUUAACUACUGACAUAUUGAGGAGGAUUCAGCCUUGCCCCUUUGUACAGCUUUGAGACUGUUAUGUUAUAACCACUAAUUCUAAUAUAUAUCUGUAUGUGUCAUUAUUAUUCAAGUUUGUUACUUUUUGCAGUUUGCAAGACAGAGAGAAUGCUGAGUGCCUCGUAUUUAUUCAUUUUUUUGUCUCAACUUUAUUUAACCUCAACCCCAACCCUUGAUAAAACACCCCUAGUGGGCACGCUAAGGGGAGACGAUUAACCUUCACCAUGAAGAAAGGUGACCCCCACCCCCCACGACCACCCCACACACCACCCCCUGAAAUGGCAUGCACUGUUUUGUCUCUCUCCCAGUCCCCCUUUUGAACCAGUCAAAAAGGGAAAAUGGGGUUUCUACAGUGUCAUUUCCAGACACACUGGGCCGGAUGAGAUUUUUUUCAGCAUGUUUGUUUAGCCUGCUCAAUCUGGUGUCAGUUUGUGAGUUUCUGCCUCUCGUCUCUUUAUCCAGCAACACAAGGCUACAUGAGACAUGGAGAGCAGUGUAAAAUAAACGCUAGCUUUUAACUCUCAGUGGAUACUGAAAUGUCCUGAGUUUAUGAAUGAUAUAAAAAGAAACUCUCUGCUACUGUAUGUUUUAUACUUCGCACCCGGUGACAUCAUCAUGUUGUGACAUCAUUGCAUGCCCAAGCAUGCUCUUUCUUACUCUUUGGUUUAUGAGGUUGUUUCGAAGUUAAUGUGGAGAAAAUAAUGAAAUGUUUGAAAUUAA